AUGAAGAGGAAAUACUUGUGUGGCCACAACCGUCCGCUGACGCAUGUGAACACGAAUUACGAUGGGGAUUUGCUUUUCACCACAGGCAGGGAUAAGAAGUUCAUUUUGUGGAGACUGGCCGAUGGGAACCAAAUAGGGCUCUACGAGUGCAGCGGCGCCGUGUACAACUCGGACGUGACCUACGACAGCAAGCGCAUCGCGUGCUCCUCCGCCGCGAACAAAGUUUACAUAUUUGACGUUUACACUGGAGAGACGCUCACCGUGAUGGAGGAGAACGGGCCGGUGCGUUUCGUGGAGUUUAACAAGAAUCCACUGGACCAAAGCAAGAUCGUUGUAGCUACGGACAGACUGAAGGUGGAGCAUAAGCGGUUCAUCAAACUGUAUGACCUGAAGAGCAAUACAGUCGUGUGGAAACAGGAGCACGAAAGUAGGUGCAUCCAAGUGAGGUGGUGUUUUUUUGAUAAGCUUAUCCUCUCGGCACACGAAAAUGGGGAGAUAGUCAUCUGGAAUGCAGAGGAUGGUCAUCAAAUGAGAAAAAUACAAGCCCAUUCGAAGGAAGUAACCAAUAUGGCAUUCGACAGGGACCGAAUGAUUAUGUUAACCUCCUCUGCCGAUGGAACUGCGACGUUAAGAGAUGCAAUAAAUUUUGAAAUAAUUAAUGAGUACACAGCGGAUAGACCACUCAACACGUGUGAUAUCUCUCCUCUCUUUAAGAGCGAGCACAAUCCGAAGAAUCACAUCAUUUUGGCUGGUGGCCAGGCGGCCGAACAUGUCACCACCACUGCCACGGGAGAGGGGAAGUUCCAGACGCUCCUCUACGACAUCAUCCACGCGAACGAGUUGGGAAGCAUCAAGGGCCACUUCGGAACGGUGCACUCCAUCAAGUUCCUGCCGCACGGCGACGGCUUCGUCUCCGGCGGGGAGGACGGCUUCGCCAGGAUCUACCACUUCGAUAAGGACUACUUCAUCGGCAAGUACGACUAGGCGGGGGAGCGGCGGAGCCGUAAGGCGGUGAAGCCGCCUAUCAGCCGAGCAGCCAAUCUGCCGCUCUGCCGAGGAAGCCACUCCUCCAUGUCGACGUGCGUUUGUUUCUCCCAAGCAGCUCUCACCCACCGUAAAAGAG